UUCGGACACACACACACACACACACACACACACACACACACACACACACACACACACACACACACACACACACACACACACUCACUCUCUCACACACACACACACACACACACACACACACCGACCGAAGAAAGCGCUCGGUUCAGCCGCCAAACAAGAAGGAAGGAGUCCCGGAGGAACGACUGAAUACCGGAACGAUGGAGUUUCUUAAAGACGAGAAAGAAGACGCGAGUGAUGCAGAAACACACGGAGAGAAAGACACCGACGAGCAGAGAGAGCUGAUGGAAGUGGAAGAGGAAAGCGAAGAACAGAGUGAACUUGAAGAAGAAAGUGAAGAACUGAGUGACAUUGAAGAGGAAAGUGAAGAACUGAGUGAAAAAUCUUCUAAAAAGUAUAAAAAGAAUGUGUCACAAAAGAGAACUCGGAGAAACGGAGCUAGAAAGUCGUGCACCUGCCGUCAAUGUGGAAAGAGUUUCACAUGUAAAGGAAGCCUGAAGGAUCACAUGAGAAUUCACACUGGAGAGAGACCUUUCACAUGCAAGUACUGUGGAAAUGGAUUUAAACAAAGAGCGAGCCUUACAGAACACAUAAGAAUCCACACCGGAGAGAAGCCGUUCAAGUGCACUCAGUGUGAGAGGAGUUUUCGACAAAAAGGAAGCCUUACGGGCCACAUGAGAAUCCACACUCAAGAGAAGCCUUUUACAUGCCAGCAGUGUGGGAAAACUUUUGCACACAACGGAAACUUACAAAUUCACUUAAAAACUCACUCUAAUCAGAAGCCGUUCAUCUGUCCUCAGUGUGGGAAAGGUUUUAAUUUGGCAGGAGGCCUGAAAAGGCAUGAGAACGUUCACAGUGAAGUGAAGCCGUAUCACUGCGCUCCAUGCGGGAGGAGUUUCAGCGAAAUGACCGAACUUAGAAGACAUUUAAAGUCCUUCAUACAUAAUAAAUACAAGCCACUAGAGAAAUUCAUGCUUCAGAGUGGCUUCUCAGCUCAUGGUUUGCCUUCAGGAGUGAACGUGUCAUUCACUAAAACACACUUCUUGCAGUGAAGUUCCUGCUGUUUUAAUAAAAGGGGGAUGAAUGUAUUAAACAAAUAAUUAAAACAUGUCUAUUGCUGUAAACGGAUGGUUUAAAAUUCAGGAGUAACAACAUUUUUAAAUGAAUAAAAUUACUUGUGUAUGUUACCAUUCAAAAACAAGG